CAUUUUAAAGUAUAUUUGAGGUAAAUAAACUGAGAUGCAAAGAGCCUCCAAGCUAUGAGGAGACUCUAGAUCAGUGGUGGAGAAUCUAUGUCAUGCAUAGCAGGCUGUGUGAAUUACUAAAAGCUCUAAAAUGUUUCCCAUCACUGCUGUAAAUUCAUAUGUAUGCAAAAAAUAGAGUGUCCUGUGGUUUUCACUGGGAGCCCAGAGAAGAAUGACUAUCAAUUCACUUUUGCUUCAGGGGAAAAAAACAAAGGGAAAAUCAACCCCACCAAGAAACCAACUCCCUAGCCUUUCUGGUAAGCCAUACAAACAAUGCGGGGUCCAGAAAGGGAAAAGUCAGCACCCGCCAUGAGCCUACUGGUGCACCCUUCUAACCCCUCCCUUCAUCCCAAAAACUGGCUGGUUCUGAGGACAGGUUGAGUUGACAGCAACUAAGGCACAAAAAAGCAACUAAAUGCUUGUAUUGUUGGGUUGAUUUUGCAGGCCUGAGCACCUACUGGGAGGAUGACAGUAUGCAAUAUAGCAAAUAUCAGGGUUUUCUUCUGCAUUGAAGUCCAAUAUUGUUCUCACUGUUUUGUUGUGUUCUGAUAAAUUGUUUUGUUUUAUUCAAUGUGUUGUUUUGACUGUUUUGUUUUGGUUUAAUUUUGCUAUACCUGAUAGAAUGGACAACUAAUGUGAAGAUAACAAGAUAUACUAUGGUAGCUAUUGUUUUUUCCUAGUAUCCUGAUUUGAAGUUCCAUACCAGUUUUGCUGCUUUGUUUUGAUUGACUUUGUUCUGUUAGAUUUUAUUAUCUUUAAAAUAAAAAAUAAGUAAAAAUUAAAAUAAAAUAAAAAAAUAAGUAAACAAAACAACAACAAAAACAAACAUAAAAAAGAAAAUCAACCCCACCUUUGUGCCAGAAUAGAGUGGCAGAGGUUGGACAUUUGAGAUGAUCCACUGCGGAGUACAUGUCUUAUCAGAGCUAUAAAUCAAAGGUCUUCUGUCUUUCCUCCACCUGUUUUAGACGGUUUUUGUUUUUAUUAUAAUGAAAUACCUGAGGCUAGGUAACUUCAUAAAGAAAAGACAUUUGUUUUGUUUAUUGGUUCUGGAUGUUCAAAGUUGAAUGGCUGCAUAUUAUGAUAGACAUCUUGCUGGCAGCAUUUCAAAUUGCCAUAGGGUAUCACAUGGCAAGAGAUGUACGUAUAUAUGUCUAUGUCUUCAAGCCUCUCUCCUUUUAAUAAAGCCACCAGGAGUUAAUCAUGAGGCCUUUACAUGGAUGAUUUUAUCAUAUAUUAAUCACUUCCGAUAGGACCCAUCUAUGCACACUGUAGUUGGAAAAAGUUUCCAACCUCUUAAUUCCUCACAACUGGAGAUUAAAUUUCAAUACAUGAAGCCCUGGGCUGCAUACUCAGUCUAUAUCUAAACCAUACCACCAACUUAGAUUGAAUCAAGCACCUUCUUUAGCACUAACCCUUGUGGUGUUAGCUAGAGAAAUUGGCUGCAUCAAGUAGAAAUGGACCCGGGGCUGGAUUUGGGGGGAAAAACUGGUUUCAUGAAAUUGGCAAUUCAAGGAUCAGAUUAUUUGUAUAAUUCUGUUUUUGUCUUGUAGGCUAGAUUCUUAUCCAGAGAACUCUAAGAAUAUAUAGUUUAAAGUAAUCCCCAAUCUACAGGAGGCACAAUGAACUCAGAAAGAUCAGGUACCUUUGAUUACACUAUCAGGAGUCAGGGUUUAACUUCUGUGGCAUUAGGUUCUUCCCGAGAGGAGUCAGCCACCUCUUAAACAGUGUUCCAUAGCCAGCGAUGCACUUUACUUGCCAUGAUCUCAAUGGAUUGUCACAAAGUGCUUAUAAAAUAACAUGUGAGUUUUCACCAUAGCUUUUUUAUGGGUUUAGGGAAAGCCAGAUAAAUAAUAAAUGAAGAAGCCUGAUGUUGAAUCUGCUUCUGUUUUUCUCCAAUCUAGAUUUUUCUUUCACUCCUCAGUACAACCACCUGGAGUAGUCUUCUCACCCUCUGCCAUUAACCUAGACUGCAUUGUAGUACACAGCUUCUUUACAAGGUUGUACAGGUCUCAAAGAAACAUAUCUUUUUCUAUAAACAGGAGAUGAAGAUGUGGUUUUAAAAUUGACUUAUUCCUUGGUUUCAAGAUAGAAUGGAAGGAAGAAAAACAGUAAGCAUUGAUUUAGAAGCAAGAAUAUCAACUAAAGUUUAAGAAGUCCCACUCUGAAAUAGUCUGGGUCACUUAGCAAGAUCUCAAAUUACAUUUUAUGUCAUCCUGACCUCAAGUUCAAAAUGAUACAUGAGGCCCUAUGCUCGUAACUUUGGAUCUGUCUUGGUCUGCCAUUUAAAUCAAUUAUCACAGGAAACUUACAAGAUCUCUUUCUCUGGAGAUUUUUGAAGUUGAGGUAGAUAAUUUCAGCAGAGAACAGUAUACCGCUUAGAAAUGAAUUAAAUGACCUUUUGAUAUUUUCUAAGCAUAAAAAUAUUUCAGCAAUUCUGUACAGUGCUUACGUGUCCCCAAAGUGAGUUUUACAAAAGGUAACUUGUUUCAAUUCACAACUAAUGUUGAUCUCUUGCACAGUCUAAUGUUUCUGUGAAUAUGAGUCUGCAUGGAACAAGGAUUAUUGCAGAAUGACAGGAAAUUCCAACUUGUCACUCAAAUUUGUCAUAAUAAUAAUAAUACCCUAAACCCUGUACCAUUCGCUUCUUUUCCUCAUUCCAGCAGGCUUACAUGUGUAAAUUAUUUAGUUGUUACUCUGUCUUGUGGUCUCACACCAACAAAUGUGGAAAACAAAAGGCUAAGUAACAUGGUAAAAGGUAAAUUUGAGUUUUACAUACUCUUUCAAAGAAGAGCAUAUGCAUUCUUGAUGCGAGAUCUUGAAAGGCCAUGUGUUUCUGAUAGAUUGACCUGCAUUUGGACUCCACCAUGGCCACUUUCCACCUGUGUGACCACAGCAAACUCAGUGACCACUUCGAGUCUUGGGUUUUAAACUGUAAGUGGAAGAUGAAAUACCUACUUUGAAGUAUUGCUUGCGAGGACCCUAAAGCAUAUAUUCAUUAGCUAGAGUCAAUAUGUGACAUUUUGAGACUUGGGUUGACAGAAUCAACUUGUUUCUUGUCUCAUCUUGAGAGAAAUUGCUAAUGUAAGAUAUCUCAAAGUCCUUGAGAAUAUCAAUAACAUUAACAUAAUGGUAAUGUGAAUAAAUCAGCAUGAGCUAAUCAACAUUCUUGGGAAAACAGAGCCAAAUGUCACCUUGAGGGAGGAAAGUAGCAGCUUUCUGUGCAUAUCUGAAUUUGUCUGUAUGGCUAGCUCCAAGUAUUUGUGGGAAUAAAAUUCAGAAAUCCCUUCCUUGAAGACAUAGCUUCAGAUCUGAGCUCUCUGAUGAAGGCUAGAGGCAGGUGGGAAGGAAGGUGGAUUUUGUGCUACUCACAUCCAUCAUUUUCUAUCAGAGUGAAACUACUUUGUUAUAUUUUAUAUAUUAAGCAUCUGUUGCUAAAAUUUUGAAAAAAUAUUGUAUUUAAAAAGUUUGGAAGCCACACCAGAAAAUUCACUGUGUUUAUUUAUUUAGAAUAUAAAUAACAUACUUCAGGUAGUUUUGUAAAAUGAGUACUAGUUUCUGAUAGAAUUGGAUUCCCGGUCAGGGAAACAUAUGAUAGAAUUGUGGCAUGGCUGAAAAGAUAAGAAGUAUGAAAUAUAAAUGACCUUUAUUUUAAGAAUUCGGGGAGAGAGCCCCCGACCCUCUGGGGUCUGCCAUGGUCUCCGGGGCUGGCAUUCUCUCUGGGGGCUGGCAAUCUCUCCGUGGGACACGUGGAGUGCGGGCAUAUAUGUAGCUUAGGUUUGGGUGGAACCUAAGGGGCAUUAGUGAUGCACAGGUAGCCCAUUGGUAUUCAUUUCAUGCCACAGGUAAAUUCCUAUGGAGCCCCUUGAUUCCGUCUCCAAGGCUUUACAGGCUACAGUGUCCCCUCUGGGCCAAAAUCCUUUCAGUUUCACUCAGGCGUAGCAGUGUACACAACAAAAAGUUUCUCCAUAGUACUUUUCACAGAAUUCAGCAUUUUUAAGGGGAGUGCUAAAAAUGCCCUUACAGUGUAUUCAGUGUAAAGCGUAUUGUGUCUCCAAUGCUCCUCACUGUCUGUGUGUCUAUGCCGAUGGCCAGUUCUUAAACUUCUUUCACUGAUGUAAUUGAAUCUCAUCUCAUGUUGAGCCUUCAACUAGUGUGACAGAUACAGCCCCAGUAGCAAUCAGAAAGAGAUGUCACAGCCACUGGCAUUUUGGAGGCAGGAGUGUUCUGUCCAUAAUGAUAGGGCAGCUCUCCAAAACUGCACCACUGUGUUUUCAAUGACCCUGUCACCAGACAAGAACACUGUACUGAAGUGCCACAUCACAUCCCUGGUUUCCAGGUAACUCUUCAGGAUGUCCAGCUUUUAGAUGGUGGUGCUCAGGCACUCCUUCCAGAGACUUGUGCUCCACAGUAAAUUCAGAGAAUGAGGCCAGACAGCAAAGCAGCUGGUCUAGGUAUAGCCCCAAUAGAGAUGGCAGAUGGGUAGGGCAAACCGUACACUGUUGAGGUGCACCCCAGAGGUCCUGUUCACACUUGGCUCCUCACUCAUGAGCUGGAAGCAAUAGAUACCUAUGACUUGACUUAUUUGCUGCAGGCACUUGGAGCCCUGGGAUGUCACGGAGCUGUAUGUAAAGGUUGUAAACUUGCAGCCUGAAGGUGUGUGAUCCUCUAGCUUGCUAUCUGGUGCUAAUCAGGAAAGGGGCUGCACCACUUGCUUUCUGUGCUUGGGACAUUAUCAGUGCAUAAUGUAUGUCUGAUUAAUGUCUGACAGCUCCAGCAUGUCCACUGCACUUCCUUCCUUAUAAGAAAAGAACUGAGCCUCAAGUGUGUCUUGAGUGAUUUUAUUCCUGAGGUCCAUGCUUUGCACAUUAUUUUCUAUGCAACUCUUUGAAUGCAGGGUGAGGUAUGCCUUCAUGAAAUUGUUGAUGCUGUAGGUUUUACAGAUCUGUGGGCAGGGCACAGGGACAAGCACUCCAUCUGUGGAGCAUGCCAAGGGUGUGCAAAGCUACAGUCUCACACAGUCAUUUAGCAAGUCCUAGCGGAGGAUGCACAUGACUAUUUUCUCUGUCUUGUCAAACUUCAUAGUGGCAGCUCCACUGUCCUCACAGAUGGUUCACACAUUUCUACAUGGUCUGAUACCACCAUAUUCAGGUUCAUAUUGGGCUCCUCAUCUUCUCUCAUUUUUUAAAAUGGCUCCAAGUUGUCCUGGCUCUGAGGUUCCAAUAAAGAAAAUGGUGGUCCCUCUCUGUCUGGGAGAGCUGAACAAGGCUUGAGAGUUUGUCAUUUGCCAAGAAUGGACAACAUCCCCAGACCUGGAGCUGGACGAAUGCUCUCACAGUGUGUUCAGGCUCAUUUUUCCUGUUCAUGAAGUAGACGACUUCCCCAGUCUAUUGGGAGCAAGUCUGCACUUACCCUGUAGCUUGUUGAUUACUGUUCCAUUGGUUGCUGGUAUUCCCACAUCACCUGAGCAGACUUUUCAUCCAUUACAAUUUUACAGUGAUCUCCAGAGACCAGUUCAUUGCUGGAGAAUAGAGAUCACAAGCCCUCAUGCAUCCAGUGCCUCAGGGCUCUUGCAGUAGUGGCCACUCAUCUUUUCUCCCCAGCUGCUCCGCUGGACUAACAUUUUCUCACCCAAGUCGGCCUACCACAUCUGGCAGUGCUGCAGCCCCUGCCCAGACAUCACAGGCGCUCUGCUGCUCCCCAGGCCUUGCCAGUCUUUUUCAAUCUCUCUUGUUUGUUAAGAGAUGCCAUAAAUAUAAUAUUGUUAUGGUGAAUAUCCUUGGAAAUGAAUAGUGUGAACUGAAAAUUUCACAUAAGACUCAAAGAGUUUCAUGAAAUUGAUAAAGCAAUGUGGACAAAUUGCUCAAAUCUAAAGAUAGAAUUGGACUAGUUAAAAUCGAAAAUGAAAACUAAACAAGAAUAGUGGCAUUAUAGGCAUGUCAAAAGAGAAUGAUGUGUGCAUCAUGGGAUUAAGAAAGGCCUUUCGAAAACUUAGCUAAGCUCUGGAAAACUUUUACAAAAUCUACCUGUUUUAGACUGGGCUUUGAAGUGAAGAGCAUUAAAUUUUGUUACUGUGUAUUUUGUACUAUUAUAUGUAUUCCCCAUAAGUUUAAAUAAGUAUUGCCCCUUCUUCAAAAUAUAAAUGUUAAUAUUUGAUCCAUUUUUAAUUCAUUUUCCCAAACCUCUAUUUAUUCUUAUUUCAAUUUUAUACCAUGGAAUUCAGCUUCUAUUAUAAGUAGACUCACUAGAAGUGCCCUUUUCUUGGUAUAAUUGCACUUGACUAAGGAAGACCCCUGUGUGUCUUGGAAAUAUUUUAGGAGAAAGUGGACUGCUUAUCUGGGUUUGCAUAAGGCAUUCAACUUGGUGGAGGGGGGAGCUGUUUGUGUGGACCUUAUUACAUGUAAGGCCACUUGCAAUGCGAAAGUCCUCAGAAAUCCUCUGAGCUAUAUCUAAUCAAAAAGAUCCAGUAAACACAACUGUCAAAUAAAAAAGAGCCAGUAAAAGUGACUAUCUUGGUGCCAUUCAAGGAAUAACUAAUCAUAUGGAACAGUCCUAGUGCAGAAGCCUUACCUGAGCCUUCUGCUGAAACAGCACUUUGUGUUCAUAUUUCUUUUCCCUGUCUAACAUUACCUGUUACCUACCCAAAAACAAUCUCUCAGAGAAUGCCUUUAAACCUUGGUGUGUGUAUGGUGGUGAAAAUUUAUUAGUAUAUGUUAUGUUUUGGUUGAGAGCUAAAAUGUCUUACCUAGAACCUCCAUAGUGUUUUGAGAUUGUGCUCUACUCACCUUGUAAAAAUUCCUGACAGACUCAAGACUCUUCUGCUCUGGUUACAAUAUAUCACAGUUAACACUACUAACAUUUGAAAACUUGUCAGGUUUGUAGAAAGAAUCAGACAUUAGGUUUUAUGACAGCUGGGGCCCAUUUCUGUGUAUUCUUCUGGAAAAAACAGAGCUAUUAGCAGAAUUAGCACUGAUUAUAUUAGGGAAUCAUCAGGCUCCCCCUUUUAGAGUUUGAGAAUAGCAUUAGAUAUGUAUUCUGAUUUACAUGUUGAGUAAUUGUUAAGAAUUUUAGUCCAAACAUAGCAAUAAAAACAUGCAUUUAUGUGUUGGAGCAGAAAAGGAGAGAGGAUUGUACUCCCACUGAAAUCCAUUGAGAACUCUUUUUCCCUGAGUCCUGUACCAGAGUGCUGUAAAUGCCAGGCUGUUAAGAAAUGAUUUUUCUAUUAUUAUAGAUGGUGUUUACUGAAUAAGUACUUAAUUUCCCAUAUUGUUUUAUUAAAUAUUUCAAUUUUGGGGGGUAGGGUCAAAGUACAAAAUCUUAAUUUGUCUGCUUUUAUGCUGCAGAAAUAUGGGGUGUGCCAGGUACUAGAAGAGUAUAUACUAAAUUCUGAUGAGAAACAUAAAUCCUGGUGAAGGUGUAAUUUUUUAUUAGCCAAUAUUCUAGCAAGAGAAAAUUUAAAUGAUCAGUGAUCACUUUUUAUCUGAAAAUGUUAAUGUGCAAAGCAUUUUACUAGACAUUAUUGAAUUAUUUACCAAAUAGAAAUCUAGAAAUUUCCCUCCUUAAGGAAUUUGCAUUUCCCAAAACAAAUACAAACAUAGCAACUUGAGAAUCAUUAUCAACAUAUACUGAAGAACACAUAAUUGUUUAAAAAUCUUUUUAUCCCUUAGCAUCCUGAGAAGUUUUCAUAUUCAAUAGAUUUACUUGUCUGAGGACAAAUAAUCAGAUAACUGUAGAGAAUUAAAGACUGCAAACACAUUACAACAUCAUAUUGUUCAAUCCUCUCAUUUCACAGGUGAGAAAAUGCAUCUAAAAAGAUUAAGGACUCUUCAGGAACUAGUUACCAGAUCUUUUUUUCGGUGAGAGACCUAUUUCUGCAUCGCUGGUUUUGGUUUUAUAAAAGGAAUGGCAUGUUGACCUUUGUAACCUUCCACAGAUAUCCUGAGAAAGUGUAUAGUUUUGUCAGCCAUAAAGGCAUUCUAGUUGAAAAUAAGAACAUAGAAUGAUGUAGCUACCUUCUGACAGCUAUUCUGCUUCUGUGCAUGUUGCACUAUUUCCUUGGGGCUUUUGUAAGUCACUGACAGUUAAUAAACUUUAUUUCUUCCUAGCCCACCUACAGUAUUCUAUUGCAUGGUGCUUCCCGUAUUUCAGGUAAUAGAAAAGAAAGGAGGUAACAUUUAUUGGGAUGCUAUUACACAAACACACACAAAAUAGAUGUGGUACCACCACUUGACCUUACUAUUCUCUCAGAUCAAGGUAAGAGAGGAUUGUGAUCUAAGUGAUUUUCUUAGUAUGAACGUAGGUGAUCAAGGGUGUUACACAACUGACUGGGCUAGAGUAGGAUAUUCACUUUUUGUUGGAUCUCAUAUUUGUUUCCAUCAAGCCAGGAGAGUUGGUAAUGAUUCCAAGGUUCAUUUAUUUCCAAAACCCCAGAACAGUGAGAGAUAUCAAAUUACAAUUGCCCCAAUUUCUCUAGGGAGCCUAGUGAGCAUCGGUGAAAAUUAAGGCAUAACUUUGGCUAAACUGUAUUGACAAAGGUAAUAUAUAUUUUAUCUUUGCAAAAUGACACGUAAGUUUUUCUCAACCUAAAUUAUAAAUUGUAAACAUAAUCUCAAGAAGUAUUCUUUAUUUUUGUGUCAGAAAAUAAGUUGGGAGAAACUCUCUACAAUCAUGCAUAUUUCUGAUGUUUCUCUACAAUUAGGCGUGUUUCUUGAUGUUUCUGAGGUGAGAACUCAUGGUAUCUAUAAAGCUAUAACAGUUUUAAAGAUGUUUAAUCAUCCAUAGCUUUCUAUAUUUUGGUUGAGAUACAGACUUUUUCCUCAUUUUUAUUGUACUCAUUAUCUUUUUUUUUUUUUUUUUUUUGGUACUGGGGAUCGAACUCACAACUGUGUGCUUGCAAGGCAGGUGCUUAUGCUACUGAGCUAAAUCCCCAGCCCUGUACUCAUUAUCUUAAUAAUUGUAACGGAUUAGUAACUGAUAGUCAACUUACAUACUAGCUGAAUUGAAUCAGAAUGGUGCUAAGCAUGGAUGGCCCACCUGAGGACUGUUGUCAGCAUAAAAAGGAGACCUAGAGAGGAAGAGUUUUGUGGUUCUCCUAAGUGUUAUUGUUGUUUGGAGCCAUUGGUUCUCCUGGAGGAAGCUUGUCAUUUUGGCUCCCAUGAUAUGACUCAACUGUUAUGGUCAGAGGAACUCGGGACCUUGUUGCUGAGAAUGGCUGCGAUUCAGUUUGCAGGGAGCUUUGGUUCUUGCUUUGAGCAUCACUUCCUGGCUCUGGAGGGGAAGAUGUGUGCUGUUUAAUCUCCAGAAGAAGUUUGUCACUCUGGCUUCUUGACAUGUACUUGGUUGUUAUUAUCAGGAGCUUGGGACUUCAUUGUUGCGGAGGAUGGCUGUGAAACUUUUUGGGGAAGCUCUGGCCCUUAUUUUAAGUGUUACUUCUUAGCUGCAGUUCAGAUCCUCAGCCUGCCAACACAGAUUCUUCACGCCACUGGCAGAGACUUUCUAGUUUCCACCACUGACCUUUGGACUUUCCUAGCACAGAUCCAUUAAAUAGACUUGCAUUAGUCAUUAUUGUGGGCUGUAGGUUUUUGGCUGAACUUAAGCAGGUUAUAGCCAUGGGAUAUAGGCACUCAGUUGAGUUCUUCUAGGUCUUGAAUGUUGUAGACAGAUUUCUUGCACUGUCUUUAACUCUUGGGUUACCAAAAUAAACAAUACUAUAAAUUUUCUAUCCUAUAUUGAAUUAUUUUCCUUGCAACCCCUGACUAUAACAAUGGUAAAUUUUAAAAAGUAUCAAAUAAAAGGUUUUACUAAAUUUUAAUUGUCCCGAUCAAGUUUAUAAUUUUAAUAUACAUGCUAGAAUAAGAUUAGACUGAGCUUAUCUUCUAAAAAUAGACAAUAUUUUUUUCCUUGUGAUUUUCAAUAUUUACUUAUAAUGCACCUGCAUCAUUUGUUGUAAGUGGUAGGAAUUUGUGGAGUUAUGUAAUCUUUGUUUCAAAUACUGAGUUCAUUAUCUAGUGAAUAUUUAACAGAUAAGUUCAUAAAUAUUGGAUCUGUGAAAUGAGAUUACUGUAAUGACCUGAUUAACUGCUGUAAGAAGAAAAUAAUCCACCUCCCUUGCCAACAUCACAGGACUGGAGAUUGAACUUAGUGGCUCAUACAUGCUAGGCAAGUGCUCUGCCACUGGGCUGUAUGCUUAACCUUCUUAAGUUUUUAUUUUGAGAUUGUGUUUUGCUGUGUUUCCCAGGUUGGCCUCUAAAUUGUGACCAUUCUGCAUGAGCCUCCUGAGUAGCAGGGAUUACAAGGGUAUGCUACUGUGCCUGAAAAAAAACAAGAUUUUGAUGGCACCUCUUUUUACAAUCAAUACACAGGAAAUAGGAACCUAUCAGAAGUCAAACUCUGAGCUAUAUAGGAAAAUAAAAAUGGAUAAAGUACUGGAUAUUGACCAAAGUAGAGAUUAUUUCUAGGGAAGACAAGGAGGUCUUGAUUAUAGCAGAGAAUAAUAGUCAUACAACAAAGUCAGUGAAAGAAGACUGGUUAAUUUUUUCACUAAUUCUUUGCCAGAAGAAACUCCCAACUUUUCACUAGACAUAUGGUCAACUAUCUAGCAAAACCAUGUUUCCCAUCUUCAGUUGCAAUGAAAUAGAGCCAUAAAAUAAUAGCAUUUGAGCAGAAGUGAAAAGUUCCAAUUACUGGUCCUGUUCUUAAAUGGACACACUAUUGUCUGUUUUCUUCCAGUGGGCUGGAAUUUGGCCAUGGUUGUGGUAAGUCAUGGUCACAGGGUAAUAGACCAAAGCCGAUAAAAGGUACCAAACUCUGGAUGAUCUCAUGUAGCAGUGUCCCCUCAGCUCUUCUGUCUACCCCCUAGACACAAUAUACCAAUCAGAUCUUAAAAUGAAAAAGAAAUAAGCCUCUUCUCUUGGUUAAGUCAUUCUUUCUCAUUUGUUAAAGCAACUGAGCCAUUAUUCUGUCUAGUUAGCAAUUGCACAUUAUAAUGAUUCCCAAGCACUGGCCCCUGGAAGGCAGCUGAACCUUAGGCAAAGCUUGUUGCAAAAGGGAAUCCCUGAGCUGAGUUUUGGAGGAUUGCUGUGAUGGGGAGAAACUCCACCCUGUGCAAUUCUGACACUCCCCUUUUAGGACUUUGCACUUUGAGGGUCUUUGGUCUCAUGUCUCACAUGAGAUUUAAUUUGUCCUUUGUUAAUUACAGAAAAUGGUAUUCAUUAUUUAAACAAGUAUGUAUGGAAAACUUAUUGAAUACAUACAAAAAAGAUGUAAAUGUCCAGCAUAGGUCCACCUUACUGAUUUUAUUUUACUUUUUUUCUAUCAACUGUCAUUUCCCUACCUCUCAAAAAUAAACUGCCCCAAGAUACUGUCAAUGUCUGCUUUUUGUUUUAUGCUCAAUCACUAGUACUCAGUGCAGCUGGACAUAUAGUAUUCAGGAUGUUCUUCACUGAAGUAGUAAAAUAUUAUAAAAAUAGUAAAUAAUGCACAUAGAAAUAACAUGCUAUACACUUACCAUAUAACAAUUAAAAUGGCAGUUUUAUAUUGAACUCACACUUAAGUGAGCAGAUAAUUACGCUGUGUAAGAAUUGCUAUGAUGAAAUUGAAUGAAAACUAAAAGAAGCAUCUCUUCAGUAAAAUAUCUCCAUAGUAAUCAAAUAAAUCAUUUAAAUAUCUCUUUCUAUGAGUCAUUCUUCAGGACCUUCGCGUGUUCAUGUAAUCCGCCCAAUCCUAUAAACUGGUACUGUUAUAUAUCUUCACUUGUAGGUAAGGAAACAGCACAUAAAGGCUAGGUAGCAUGCUGUCAGCCACAUUGCUGAAAUGGAAUUUAUAGAUUGUAUAACUAUAUGUGCAAUAUGAAUACAUAAUAUAUAUGCUAUAUAUAUAUAUAUAUAUAUAUAUAUAUAUAUAUUCUAAGCCAUAUCCCUCAAACCCAUUGCACUACUAUCAUCAUUCCCAACUUAAUAAACAGUUAUCUUUCCAUUAGUAUAUACCCAAAACUUGCAAGUCAUCUUUGAUUCUUGUCUCAAUCAGAACCCUUUUUCUAUUCAUGCCAUUUCUCAUAAUCAGAAUGAUCAUACUUCAUAUGAGUAAAAUCGUGCCACUUCCCUACUUCAAAUUUCAGUGUGUUCUCUGUGCCCUAAACAAAUGUGUAAUGGAACUCCACAUCCUUAUCCGAGCCUAUAAACUGUGGUUGAGCUGCCCACUCCCUGCCUCUGUAGCUUCUCACAUUACUCUCCAUGGAGGCUGUCUCUCUGUCCCUGGCACAAUGCCAAGCUCUUUGUCCUUCCUGUUUACUCUGUGCAUGGAUGAAUCCCUUUGUCUUAUUUAUUUCUGCUUAAGUUUUGUCACCCUCUGGUACAGAUUUCUAACUCUUAGAGUCAUUUUCUGUCAUAUCAUGCUACUUCUCACUAUUAGAUACGUGCUUGUUUUGUGUUACCUGUUUUCUCUGGUCUAGAAUAUGACCUCCUGAGCAUGGGGAGAAUUGUAUCCACAUACACUGCUCUGUCCUCACAGUGUAAGAGAACCUGACCCAAAAGCACGUAGCAAACAUUUAUCUGUUGAAUGAAGCAGACUAGAUUGGGUAAACAGUUCCAAGAAAAGGAAAAGCUCACAAGUACUUUAAAAUGUUUGAUAUCAAACCACACAAGCAUGGCUAUAAACAGUAGGUAGGAUUGGGGGUCGGUCUAAAAUAGCUUUAAGACACAAAGGCCAAGAAGGUAAGCAAGGUGAAUCCUAUGCCAAAGCAUUUAAAAGAAGAGAAAGAAAAAAAAAAAAAACUUAAAAUUAGAUUAGUCGUGAAAACUGGUAAAAGGAGUGAGACUGUAGAAAAAUACAUUAAAUAUCAAGAAAAUGUUUCGUCAGCCAGAUGAAUCAAUGAAAAGCCUGAGCUUUUUAGAAAUACAGUGCUUUGGUAAACCAACCACCCACGUAAUGAAGAAAGAAACCGAAAUAGAUGAAUAACUGUGUGCCAUUUAAAAAUAGACUUCUCUUGCUCUCUAAAAAACCUGAAAGAACACGUGGAGGAGGUGAGGGGAACAGAAGGAAUUUCUAGGAAAUAGAAGCCAUUAGGUAAUAUGUUCUUCAGAACCGUCAUGUGGAGCUUAAAUGGAUCCCAUGAAGUUUCAGAAUUGCCUUUAAAAAACUCAUGAUCACUUCUUGAAAGCACCUAGCUAUAUAAAAAUAAUAACAUCUUAUUGCUGGAAGAGACUUGCUAGUCUAAAUCUUUCUUCCUAAGACACGUUACACCUUUAAAGAGAAAGAUGAAUUCUUAUAUAAUGAGCAUUUUUUAAACGAUUAUAAUAUUCAGAUGACACACUUUAGUAUUUAAAAUUUGGCGAUGAUUUCUAAGCUUUUAUUUUUACACUCCUGUGCCCAUUCCACAGUGAGCUACUAAAUUAAUAUAUUAAUUAAUUCAGUAUAGUGGUAAAUAGAAAAAGCAGUCUUCAAAAGCUGAAAAAAUAACCUUAGUUAUGUGAGCCUUUUGAAACUUAAUAUAUUUGAAUCUCUGAAUAAGUGCCUGACAUUUCAUUUUGCAAGAAGUCUAAACAACCACAAUAAAUUUACAAAUGCAGACAUGCCACAGUUAAAUUUCAUUUCACGCUCAGUAAGCAAACACUAUCAAACUCUAAACACUGUCCUCCACUGUCUUUUUAACUCAAAAUCUUGUCUUCAGUGGAGGGUCGGCCUUGAAAUAGUUCACAGAUAGAGGAAUUUGCUUAGAUGAUUCCUCAUUUUUAGACCAACAAAGUUAAUUUGUAUAUAUUGCUGUUUAAGCGGAUGACUAUGCUUUAUAUAAUAAACAACCGAAAUAAUUAGUGGGCAGAAACCAAAUUGGACAGAACCAAAUUAGAAAUUCAAAUAGAAAUUAUUCAGGAAAAACUCUUUUUAGUUAAUGAGCAUUUAUUUUCUGUGUUUUGGGAUGGAUGUUUCAGGGCUGAAUGGGAGGUGGGAGAAUGCCAAAAUUUUGUGAAAUAAGAGACAAACACACACUGGAAAUUUGUCCUGUACAAUUCUUAAAUACUCAUAUGAAUAAAUAUUUUUGGAAGUGAAAGCCUGAGUGUAGAGGUUAAAACUGCUUUAUACACAUAAGUACUUUUCACAAAUUUUAGUAUACAACGAACAUAUGAACUUUUCUUGUGAUGUCUACCUGUCUACUUUUUUGUUUUCUGUCUCUUGUAAGGAAUAUCCUUAGAUCAUCUCUUAAAUUCAAAAAUUACCUACUAGUAGUGGCUAAAAAACGGAACUGCAUCUUUGAUUGUAGUUAAACCCUCAAACAUACUUCUUUAUAUAAAUAUUACUAAACAUAUAUUUAAAUAAAUUAUUAUUAAGAUAGUUUGUGAUUAUGUAUGCAUGAGUCCCGUGAUCUAUGGAUUUCAUUAGCAAAGAGGGGUAUUACAAAUCAUUUGCUACAGUAAAGUGUUGUUGCAUCUGGCGGGAAUAAGAAUAGAAUCAUUGCCAGAGACCAAAAUGCUGCUCUUCACUUCUCAUUCUGUCAUCCUCAGUGUGUCACUCACAGGUUAUAGGAAGGUUCCUUCGGGUUUUGUCAUCACCUGAAGACACAGCCAUCUCAAAGGUCCAGAUUAUUUUAUGUCUUAAAUAUUUCUUUGAUAUAUGGUAUGUUUCAUAGUGCUUCUCAGGAAAUAAUAUAAUAUUCAAUGUAAACAUGCACAGCAAGGCCCCGCCUUUAAUGAUGUAGGAGAGGUUGUGAGUUGAACUUUUCGUCUCAAUAUUUUUUCCACUCUGUGCCUACAAGAAGAUGGAAAAUCCAGUUCAGAAGCCAUGAAGGCCGUACAAAGGCUGUAGCCUACUUCCCAAAUGAAAAAGCUAAUGUUGGUUGAAAUACAUCUUGUUAAAUAAUUCUACCUCUUAUUUUCUCAUGUGACUAUAUUUUUCUAGGAAAUUUAAUAAUAUAGUGUAGCAAACAUUUAGCUCAAGUAAAGCCAAUUUGUUGUAAUGGUCAGGUUUCUUUACAUGAAAACGUAGGGAUAUUUUCAUUUUCUUUAAUUAGUUGUUGGGUACUGGCUUGUCAGGUCAGCACCUCAACCAUGGUCCAUCAGUAUAAAUGCCUGCAGGGGCCAAGAGCUAACUGACUGAAAGGACUGGGGUCAUGACAAGGGAAUGUUGCUAAGUGGAAAGCACAUAAUAAUUUAUGGAUGGCAGCCACCACUCAGCGGUAAUCAAUAGUUGCCAUAUGGACCUGAGUCCAGAGUUGCCAGAUCUUUUGUUACUUCAAAACUAAAUGUCUGAUUUACUUAUGAAAUCUCCUGAUUUUUACAUGUUGGCCCAAUUUUGAAAAACAGACAAAUAACAACAAAACCCCAAACACUUGUAUGACCCAAGCAAAACAUGUUUAUGGAGAUACUUGAGCUGUGAAUUGCCAUUUGCAACCUCUAAACUGCCCAUCUGUUUGGAAAGUAGACUGCAGUAAUUGGUAAAGAGCACUACUUAGCAGUAUUUAUGUCAUGCAGGGAAGGAGUUUUUCUCUCUCUGGAAAAGUAGUUCACUUUACGGAGCGGACUUGAACUAUGUUGUACUAAUUUGAAGAUUGUUGUGGGGUGUUUAUUAGUCAACCAUUCCAUAACAGCAAAUUCUUACAGAUUUUAUGUUAGUCUUCCAUUGCUAAACUUCAAACAUUUUGUAUAAAACAUGGGGAAAUUCAGAAGUAUCUGCCCAACACAAAUGAGAAAAGGAUUUUGUUCAUGUUUCCCACCCUUGAAACAGAACGCUAAGUGUCUUUUCUGUCUUGUUUGUGCCCAUGCUUCCUCUCUCUCACAGCAUAUCUAUUGCUGCAUCUCUCAUUCUUUGUGAUUCAAGUCAAUGCCUCUAGUAACAGCUUCCCUGUCUCUAUUUUCCAAGCUUGUUUGGUUUUUAAAAGUCUGUCACACUCUCUCCAUUCCCCUCUAAGUAGAAAGACAACUUUUAAACUCAGGUUCAGCACCACAACUCCAUUUUGUAUAAAAUUAGAUACUGUGGGCUCGGGAUUUAGCUCAGUGGCCUAAGCACCUGCCUUGCAAGCAGGUGGUUGUGAGUUCAAUCCCCAGUACGGAUUAAAAAAAAAAAAAAAUUAGAUACUGUAAUCUCCCAAAUAAAAUCUUUUACAAAUUUCCAAGUAAUAGAAAUAUGCUUAACCACAAUCUAAUUUCUGCAAACAUAUAGGUAUAUGGAUAAUUUUACUAUGCAGUGGUUCUUUUUUAAAAGUGGUUUCAUACCACUGUUUGAGAAAAUCAAUCUUUGUAAAUACUAAAAUUAAAAAUCUAUAAGCUCUAGUGGAAUGUUUAAAUGCUUUAUAGGAAGUAUCUUCUUUCCGUUUUACCUGUCCUUUCCUCACCCAACUGAUAUAAUGGUACCUCAUUUAAAAAAAUUAAGAUUAAAAGAUUAUAUGUUAUUGUUAUCAUUUAUGUAGUGAUCUAUUCAAAAUCUAGAUUCCACAACUUCCAUUUUCUGUGUCAUUAUUUUUUAUUUGUUUCAGUUAGUUUCAGUUGAAGGAGUCAGAAUAAUAAAGUGUUUGAAACCUAGACAAGUGAUUUCUUUUGUUUAAAAAUGUGCGUAAAACAUUUUAUAGCACCUUAUUGUCUGCAUCAUUAAGUUUGUAUUUCUCUUCUCAAACUCUUAACACAGAAAAUGGAAACUCUCUAGGAACAGAAGUUCAUGGAACAAUUGAAAGUAAUGUUUCAGAUCUAAAAUGUUCUUGGCGAGCCGGGUAUUUAGCUCAGUCGCAUGAGGACCUGCUUGAUCCCCGGUAUCAGAAAUAAAAAUAAAUAAAUAAAAUGUUCUUGGCUGGUUAAUAAAUUUCUCUCUACUUAACCAUUAGCAUUUAUAUCAGAAAAGUAUAGAAGUCUAAAUCUAGAAGGUAAAAAAAAAAAAUUGAGAGUCUAUAACAGGUGGUGCAAAGUGCAGUUAGUUGCCACUAGGGUGGUACCACAAACUUGUUAUUAAAUAGGUAUUGAAAGACCUUCAUACAGUAAGAACCAUUUAAAAAAUUACAUUUCUCAGAACAUGAUACUGCAUGGUAUCAUUAACUUACUAGGUACUAUGGUACAUAGUACUAUGAUACUGUGGUACUAGGUACUAUGCUGACAUGUUUGAUUGAUUAUAUUGUAAACAGAAUUUUUCUUUGGUUUUAAAAAUUCCAGGGCUGGGGAAUUUAGCUCAGUGGCAUAGGUACCUGCCUUGCAAGCGCGAGGUCCUGAAUUCGAUCCCUGAUACCCCCCCCCCCAAAUUCCAGUAUACUUAAAGACUAGAAGAAGAAAGUAACUGUAGAGAAAAAAAGAUCAUUCAUGAUCAACACUUACCUGUCUAGCUUUUAGGGUACUUCUGUCAUCUAGUCUCAAGUGUUCCUAAUUGUUGUACUGAAAUAUUUUUGAGUUUGUAAUUUUUAAAGAUAAAAGAUAAACAGAAUGUGAGUUUACUUUUAAAGUCUUCUCUCAUUUACAUUUCACCAAGAAAGAGUAAGUUUGAUGUACACUUCAGCCUAUUUGUUUUUGUAUGUAUUUUUGAAGUGUUAACAUCUCAACUAAGUUCCUAUUUGAGUUCAUUUGUGAGUUAGAUUAUUUCUAUUUCAUUUCCCUGAAACCAUGCGGUUUCUUUUAUUUGCUGAUUGUGGGACGAUGUUACUAAGCCUAUGAGAAGCUUCUCUGUGAAGUGCAUUUUAAUAUUUAGAUCAAACCGCGAUUGGAAUACAUUAAUGCCCAGUGGGUAAACGUAUCAUUUGAAAGCAGCUGCUGAGCCUUCUCCCUGCUGCUCCAAUUAACACAUGCACCACACUCUAGUCAGCAAGAGGGCUGUGCGUGUGGGUGAAACCACUUUGCUGCUCAUUAAUAUGAUAUGCAAAAGAGCACGAAGGGUUAAUCAGCCUUCCCCUCCCAGAACAAUCGCUUUCCUAGAAGUUUCCCAAGCACCAGCUGUGCUUUGCGAUUAGCGGUGUCAAGUUUCUGGGGUAGUGUUAGCGGGUUGGAUAAACUCGCUUCAGUCUGUAGUUUUGGUUCAGUCCAUUGACUAACGUGUUCCCCGCCCCGCUCUUCUGCUGCGCCCCGCCCCUGGCUAUGGAGACUUCGGAUAGUGACAUUCUAGCGCUGGGGCUCAUCUGGAGUCCGCUGAAUCUCUUGAACUUUUGCUUUAUUUUGAAACAAAUUGAAGUCCCAAACUCUAGUCCUUCGUUGAUUUUUUUCUUUUAGCCUUUCAUUAUCAUUUCACUUAGUCUUUCCUCCUUCCUUUUUAUUUUAAAUUGCAGAUUUCACAAUUUAUUGAGCUGAGUGAGAAAUCUUAUCAAUGUAAAGCCACUUCACUCUGGUUUUUCCCCUCCCAUGGGUAAAAUCCCGGCGUAAAUGGUAGCACAGCGGCAGGCAGGAGAGUAGCGUGCCCUGGUCCCCAGGCCGUCGGUCAUUCAUGCUCCGCUGGCUUCCCAAGCAGCCAGGCUGUUGCUGUGCUCUGCUGCUGGCUGAGCCAGGCUGCGCGGUGGAGAAGAGAUGGACCGCUUCUUGGGUUUUGUCAAGCAGAUACGAAGAUCUAGGAGAAGAAAGGGAAAAAAGUACCGACCAGAAGAGGAUUACCACGAGGGCUAUGAGGAUGUCUAUUAUUACGCUUCAGAGCAUUUUCGAAAUGAGAGUCCCUACACUAAAUCCGCCAGCCAGACAAAGCCGCCUGAUGGAGCGUUGGCUGUGAGGAGACAGAGCAUACCAGAGGAAUUCAAGGGCUCCACCAUUGUCGAACUGAUGAAGAAGGAAGGCACCACCCUGGGUCUGACAGUGUCAGGAGGAAUUGAUAAAGAUGGCAAACCGAGAGUGUCUAACCUGCGGCAAGGAGGAAUUGCUGCUAGAAGUGACCAACUGGAUGUGGGUGACUAUAUCAAAGCCGUGAAUGGCAUCAACCUGGCCAAGUUCCGCCAUGAUGAGAUCAUUAGCUUGCUGAAGAAUGUUGGGGAGAGAGUGGUUCUUGAAGUGGAGUAUGAGCUUCCACCCAUCUCUGUGCAAGGAUCAAGUGUUAUUUUCCGAACAGUGGAGGUCACAUUACAUAAAGAAGGAAAUACCUUUGGUUUUGUAAUACGAGGGGGAGCACAUGAUGAUAGAAAUAAGUCUCGUCCGGUUGUGAUAACAUGUGUUCGUCCCGGAGGGCCUGCUGACAGAGAGGGUACAAUCAAACCUGGUGACAGAUUGCUCAGUGUGGAUGGAAUUCGGCUCCUUGGGACCACACAUGCUGAAGCCAUGAGUAUUCUAAAACAAUGUGGACAAGAAGCAACACUGCUGAUAGAAUAUGAUGUCUCAGUUAUGGACACUGUGGCAACAGCAUCCGGGCCGCUGCUAGUUGAAGUUGCCAAAACUCCUGGUGCCAGCCUUGGAGUUGUUCUCACUACCUCGAUGUGCUGUAACAAACAGGUCAUUGUCAUAGACAAAAUCAAAUCUGCAAGUAUUGCAGACAGAUGCGGUGCGCUGCACGUGGGGGACCACAUCCUCUCCAUCGACGGCACGAGCAUGGAGUACUGUACGCUGGCAGAAGCAACCCAGUUCCUGGCAAACACGACUGACCAGGUCAAGCUUGAGAUUCUUCCCCACCACCAGACCCGCCUGGCCCUGAAGGGACCUGACCACGUGAAAAUUCAGAGGAGCGACAGGCAACUUUCCUGGGAUUCCUGGGCCAUCAACCAGUGCAGCCUUCACGUAGGCCACCACCAUAGUCCGCACCACCCUGACCAUUGCAGCGCGCCCGCCCUGACCUUCCCGAAAGCGCCUCCUCCAAACAGCCCUCCAGCUUUGGUGUCUUCAUCGUUCUCUCCUACCUCCAUGAGUGCAUACAGCCUGAGUUCUCUGAACAUGGGGACUUUACCUCGAAGCCUCUACUCCACUAGCCCACGUGGAACCAUGAUGAGGAGGAGACUGAAAAAGAAAGACUUCAAAAGCUCUCUGUCUUUAGCCUCUAGCACAGUGGGAUUGGCUGGACAAGUUGUUCACACGGAAACCACAGAGGUUGUGCUGACAGCAGAUCCCAUCACGGGAUUUGGAAUCCAACUGCAGGGCAGCGUGUUUGCCACAGAAACUCUCUCUUCUCCACCUUUGAUUUCCUAUAUUGAAGCUGACAGCCCAGCAGAAAGAUGUGGAGUGCUACAGAUCGGAGAUAGAGUGAUGGCCAUCAAUGGGAUUCCAACUGAAGACAGCACCUUCGAGGAAGCCAAUCAGCUCCUCAGAAACUCUUCCAUCACGAGCAAGGUCACACUGGAAAUCGAAUUUGAUGUUGCAGAGUCUGUCAUCCCAAGUAGUGGAACAUUUCAUGUAAAGCUCCCUAAGAAGCACAAUGUGGAACUUGGAAUAACCAUAAGUUCACCAUCCAGUAGGAAACCAGGAGACCCCCUUGUCAUUUCAGAUAUCAAGAAAGGAAGUGUGGCACACAGAACCGGAACCUUGGAACUUGGGGAUAAAUUACUCGCAAUAGAUAACAUCCGGCUGGACAACUGUUCCAUGGAAGACGCAGUUCAGAUCCUCCAGCAGUGUGAAGAUCUGGUAAAGCUCAAAAUCCGCAAAGAUGAAGAUAAUUCAGAUGAACAGGAAAGUUCUGGAGCAAUUAUUUACACGGUAGAGCUGAAGCGCUAUGGGGGGCCUCUCGGCAUCACAAUUUCAGGAACUGAAGAGCCAUUUGAUCCAAUAAUCAUUUCAAGCCUCACUAAAGGAGGAUUAGCUGAAAGAACUGGCGCAAUCCACAUAGGAGAUCGAAUUCUAGCCAUCAACAGCAGCAGCUUGAAAGGGAAGCCUCUGAGUGAAGCCAUCCAUUUGUUACAGAUGGCAGGAGAGACUGUCACCUUGAAAAUUAAGAAACAGACAGAAGCCCAGUCAGCGUCAAGUCCCAAGAAGUUCCCCGUCCCCAGCCACCUGAGUGACCUGGGAGAUGCGGAGGAAGACUCCUCACCUGCACAGAAGCCAGGCAAGCUCUCCGACAUGUACCCCUCCACAGUGCCCAGCGUGGACAGCGCAGUGGACUCGUGGGAUGGGUCUGGAAUAGAUGCCAGCUACGGGAACCAAGGCACCAGUUUUCAGGCUCCAGGAUACAAUUUCAAUACCUAUGACUGGAGGAGUCCAAAACAGAGGGGCAGCUUGUCCCCAGUCCCCAAGCCACGAAGCCAGACUUACCCAGAUGUAGGGCUGAGUAAUGAAGACUGGGACCGGUCUACAGCCAGUGGUUUUGCAGGAACUUCAGACAGUGCAGAGGCCGAGCAAGAGGAGAAUUUCUGGUCUCAGGCGCUGGAGGAUUUGGAAACCUGUGGACAGUCAGGAAUUCUGCGAGAACUUGAGGAGAAAGCUGACAGGCGUGUGUCUUUGAGAAACAUGACUCUCUUGGCAACAAUCAUGUCGGGGAGCACUAUGAGUUUGAAUCAUGAGGCUCCAACACCUCGCAAUCAGCUGGGGCGACAGGCCAGCUUCCAAGAACGGAGUAGCUCGCGGCCACACUAUAGCCAAACAACUCGGAGCAACACCCUGCCCUCUGAUGUGGGCAGGAAGUCUGUCACCCUGAGAAAAAUGAAGCAAGAAAUAAAAGAGAUAAUGUCCCCAACUCCUGUGGAGCUGCACAAGGUGACCUUGUACAAGGACUCUGACAUGGAGGACUUCGGGUUCAGCGUAGCAGAUGGCUUGCUGGAGAAAGGAGUGUAUGUCAAAAAUAUUCGCCCAGCUGGGCCAGGUGAUCUUGGUGGCCUAAAACCCUACGACAGGCUCUUACAGGUUAAUCAUGUCCGGACAAGAGACUUUGACUGCUGCCUUGUCGUGCCCCUCAUAGCAGAAUCUGGUAACAAGCUGGACCUGGUAAUUAGCAGAAACCCACUGGCUUCCCAGAAGUCUGUAGAACAGACUCUACCCGGAGGAGACUGGAGUGAACAGAACAGUGCUUUUUUCCAGCAGCCUAGCCACGGCGGUAAUCUGGAGACCCGAGAACCCAAUAACACAUUAUAGCAACACUUUUAUAAAGCAGGAUGAAAGACGAUAUCUAUGGUGCUAAAAAUCCCUUUAAGAUGUCUGUGCUAUUUGAGCACAGAUAAUCAUGUGGCAUUAACCGCAAGCACAGGGGUCUUUUAAAUCUCUCUCAUGGCUCAUGUUCACUUCCCUUUUCAAGUUGAAGAGGUUUCUUUUUUGGUGACCACUAUGGUAUACAGCAGGCAGAUCCCUGCUAGGCCCAAUGGUAGAGAAGAAGAAAAACAGGCUACCCCUCCCCACAACUAACAGCAGAGGAAAUUUUUUACAAGUUUCAUCUUACUGUCACUUUUUGAAAAGAGAAUUGUCUGUUUAGAAAUAUUAUCUAUGAUGAUUUCCUUAAUUCACUUUGAAAUCAGUUUCUUACUAUAAAAUCAUUAAUGUAAGAAUUUGGCUAACAGUUUUUCCUAUAGCUGGCUCUCCUAGGGGAACUAGUAUUCAAUAAGCUGCUGGGGCUGCUGCCAUGAGAGGGGUACAGGUAUCAAAUCAAGUUAGCUUCGAAUGUUUCAGCAAUGAUGCACGUAAGAGACCAUAAUAGGUGGAAGUAAAUGUUUUGCCCAAA